AUGUCUGGCUGUGGAACCAAACCAGCUGGCAAUCCUCUACCACUCUUCUUAUCUGAGAAGUCAAGCCCCAUGAAAUCAAUACUCGAAACUGUCAAGCCUUCCUUCUUACCAGAAAUCUUGGUCGACCGCAUGUUUCCGGGACUCUCAGCCCCUCUUAUAAGCCCUAUAGCAGAAGACAAUCGAAGGACCCAACAAUUUUUCCCAAAAACAACAAUACCUGAAGCCGUAGUCGCUUCAUCCACGCCAGAAUUUUCAACUGCAUAUGAAAGACUGUUAGUUGUCCCAUACUCCUUCCCCGGUUCCAGCGCGGGCUUAACCGGAGCAUCGCCACUAAUUUCAGUAGCUUUGGCAUCAUAUGGUUCACGAGGAGGCUCGAGAACAGGGUUUGAAGUCAGCUUGUUUUUCUUGUACGCUUUAGCUUUGGCAAAUGCGAGCUUAACACGGUCAAUUUCUCCAUUGGGUUUGGAUUCCGGGGAAUUUUCCAGAGAAAGGGGAGGUUCGGAAUCGGAGGAUGAGAUUUUGGAGGUUUUGAAAGUUGAGAAGUUCUUCUUCGGAUGCGCAGAGAAUGAGACUGUUGUUUUCUUCUUGUUGAUGGGAACGAGAGAAGAGAACGCAGGUUGUGUGAACGAGGCCAUUGAAAUUGAAACGAAUGGGGAUUGGGGGGGCCUGCGGAGAGACAACAUAAUAAUCGAUUAUUUCAAGAGAGAAUAA